AUCAAUAUGAAAUUCAGUGAGAGUUGAUCAGGCGAUCCGUAGCAGAAAACAACAGAUUGAUACCUGUUUUGUUCAACUCAAACUUAGUAUACAUGUUUUUCAACUUUGUUCAGAGCAGCACUUUUUGAUGUUGCAGCGAGGCACUUGUUUGAGACAAUUCCAUUGCUGAUGACGAUGAGUACUUUGUUGAACUGAAGAUGUAACUCAUCUUAUCUUCAAUGUUUCUGUUUUAGUAGAUCCACGUAAAAAAAAUGGCUGGCCAAGCGGACAAGAAGCGGGCAAAGAAUGCGGCAGAGUCCAUCGUGUACUACCAGGGGUCCUUUGCGGUCUGCACGCUCCUCUACCUGAUUGCUGCGCUGUUCCUCACGGAGGCCGGCAUAUGGGGCUUCGGGUUCUGGUCGCUGCUUGAAGUCGGAUUUUUUCUCACCGUCUCCUACCUCACCUUCCGCGGGAUCGAGUCCGGCCUGCACAUCGGCGCCGACUUUAGCAUCUACCAGGAUAUCUACAUAAUAAACCUCUUCGUGCAGCUCGGAGUAGCCUACGUGUCAAGGUGGUUCUGGGCAGUCUACCUACUCGUACCAGGAUACGCGGCCUACAAGCUCUGGGACUUCAUAAAAGGAUGGGUAUAGAAGCAAUAGCACCUAGUGUUUUGUUUGUGUUUCCUGUACUUGCGCUUUUUCUAUUGGCAUUGCCAUGAGUGAGUUUCUAGUUUUCGCAUUGCGUAAUCAGUGUGCGCGUUCGGCUCUUGUUUCCGAAUGACAUAGGAACGAAGCUGCCCAAAAAUAGAAGUGGCGAUGUACUAUGUCCAAUUACAACAUGACAGUGUUUGGCACCCCGAGGACCAGAAGACCCAAACGGUGGUAAAUCGAAGACACAGCAGAAACGUGAAGCACGAGCAAACAAACCCCAGUACAAAGUUAUGCGCGGAUAGGAUACAAUUACAACUACGAUAAUGAUUAUCCGAAGCGCAGCUACGGCACAAAGAUUCCGACAACGACAGAAGCAAAAGCAAUGAAAU